UCCACGGACCCGCCGUGCUUCCCGAGCUCUGCGACGGUGCAGCGCGCCGACGGCGUUACCGCCCUCCUCUCCUCCCUCUCCGCCGGCGACUCGAUCCUCGCCGCGGCGGCCGACGGCACCCUCGCUUUCGAUUGCGUGAGAGCGCACCCUCGGCUUCGACGUCGUCUCCUCCUUCUCGCUGGCCGACCCCUGCCCGCCGGCCCGGCAAAGGCGCUCAAGCAGGCGUCCGAGGUUGCCGUCGGAGAGACGAUCUGGCUCGCGUCGCCGGCCGCGGGCACGCUCGCGCCCGUCCUCAAGAUAACCAAGGUCGUGGCCGACGGGCUGCACAGCCCGCUCACCAAGCACGGCGGCUGGCCGGUCGUCGACGGCGUCGCGACCUCGUACAACAGCGCGGCUGUCGUCGCGCGCAACAAGUACCUCCUCCCGCUCGUCGAGGCGGUCUGCCCCUCCCUCGGCCGCCUCGUCGUGGCGGCCGUGAACCCCAAGCCGAUGCACUACAUCGAUGGCGAGGUGGUCGAGCCAAUCUCGUCCGAGGCUUUUAAGCCAAAGCCGAGGCUCGUCGGACAAUUCGAGGCUUGUUAG